AUGGAUGAGAACGAAGAUGGUCCUGCACCAGCUUUAGCAAAAAUAAAGCACAUUAUUCUGGUGUUAUCAGGAAAAGGUGGUGUAGGUAAGAGUUCAGUAACUACGCAAACGGCCUUGUCGUUAGUAAGUAUGGGCUACAAUGUAGGCGUUUUGGAUAUAGAUUUAACAGGCCCAUCACUACCAAGGAUGUUUGGAAUCGAAGAUAAGUCUAUUUUACAAGGACCUGCUGGCUGGCUGCCAGUUGAAGUCAAGACAAAUAGAGAAACUGGUUCUCUAAAAGUUAUAUCGUUAGGGUUUCUACUUGAUCAUCGUGGUAACAGUGUAGUCUGGCGAGGCCCCAAAAAGACGGCUAUGAUAAAACAAUUUAUUAAUGAUGUAUAUUGGGGUGAGUUAGACUAUUUAUUGAUCGAUACUCCACCAGGUACUUCCGAUGAACAUAUAUCUAUAGCAGAACAACUUCGAUUUUCAAGACCAGAUGGUGGAAUUAUUGUUACUACUCCACAAGGAGUAGCAACGGCAGAUGUCAGAAAAGAGAUAAAUUUUUGUAAAAAAAUUGAAUUGAAGAUAUUGGGUGUUGUCGAAAAUAUGUCAGGAUUUAUCUGUCCAUAUUGUGCAGAAUGUACAAACAUCUUUUCUAGUGGUGGUGGUGAGAAGUUAGCCAAGCAAUUUGAUGUACCAUAUUUAGGCAAUAUCCCAAUUGACCCAACUUUUGUCGAUAUGAUUGAAAACCAAUCAACAACAAAUGAAACUCUUGUCCAAUCAUAUGAGAAUUCUUCCCUAUAUGAUAUUUACCAAGGUAUUCUGAAAAAAGUGAUCACGAUAUAA